AUCAGAUUAUUAUUAGAAUUUUCAAAUCUCUAUAAAUUUCCAUAUUUGGUUCUAAUAAUUCGAUUUUAUUUUUUAAACAAAUAAUUUAAUUGGGAAAUAUCUUGAAGAUAAUGAAGAGAAUUAACAAAAAUGUUGAGAACGAGAAGGUACAAUUGAAGUGCACAAAACACUGUUUUUUAAAAUGGAUGAAGCACCGAUUUAAAUCGAAGCCAUCUAAUGAUACGGUAAGAUUAUAAUUACUUUAAGGAUAAGAUCCACAUUGAUUUCAAAUUUACGCAUAUCCUUUAUUAUUAAACGUAAAUUAGAAGACGGAAUUAAAUGAAAUAUCGUCGAGUUUAUCAUCUUUAAAAGAAAAUGGCUAUUUCAUAAAUGAAGAAAAAUCCAAAAAAAUUCAACAUGGUAAAUUUGAAGAAGAAAAUGCAAUGGAAGAUGAUGUUGAAAUUCAUUCGUUAGAAAAAAUUGAAGAAAAUUACAAUAGAAAUGAUAAUGUAACAAUUUCGGAUCAUCGUAAUGAACAAUUUUCAAACGAGAAAAUAAAUCAGAAAAUUUCUCAUAAUGUAGCAAUUUCGGAUGAAAACGAUCAUCUCGAAGAAAAGUUCAUAAGUCGGAAUGUAGAAUUUUUGAAAAAGGAAACGGAGACGAACACUAAUAAUUACUCUAUGGAUAUCGAAAUGCUUUCCUGUAAGGAUUCUCAUAAUUCUAGUAUGGGACAUUUCUGUGAAGAUGAAAAUAUUUCUAUUGAAAAUGAUCAAUUAGAUAAGGAUGUAAAUAAUAAAAUAGAACAAAAAUUAAUAGAAGAUUUGGUUUUAGUUCUUACUGAUUUAUUAAUUCACGAGAAAGACUGUAGCCACGAAUGUGAUUUUUCCUUAAACGAGGAGGAGAAAGAAUCCUCAAAUUUCUUGAAAGUAGAAAAUAAUUCGAAAGAAUCUAUUGAAUUUGAAAAACAACAAUUUAAAUCACAAUUGGAAGCGAAUACAUUUUCUCGAAAUCAUUCGAAGUGUUUUGAUAGUGAUUUCGUACCUUUUGCGAAUGUCAUGACACAUUCCGAUAAUAUAUUGCAUGUUGGAAAAAAGGUAAACCAUCGAGUUUCAGGAAGAAAAACUUCUCAAGCUGAAAAAAAUGCCAAAAUUACACGACAAAAUUCAAAAACAAAAAACGAAAAAAACAUUUUUGCUUCUCAGAAAUUAAUCAGCGACGACGACAAAGGUUCUCAGAUUGAAAAAUCAGAACAAGAUCAAAGUCCAUCUGUUAUUUUUCUUUCCAAAGAUUCCAAGUCGAAAUUUCGUGUGGGCGAUCAUAUUUUGACAAUAGACACUGAAAAAGUAGAUUCCACUAAUUUCAAAAGUCGCGAUUUGUCACUUAUGGCUAUUAAUGUUCAACCCGAUUCUGAUACAAGCAAUUCUGGAUACUGUGCAAAAUUCAAAAUAAGUCAGCUGUCUCCAGAAUACGAAUGGGAUGAGAAUCCUCGUCCACUAGAAGAUAUUAUCAGACCCCUUUCUAGUAGAAAUACUAAUGUUAUUUUGGUAUCUCCAUCGAAAUUCGAGUCGGAAAGUGAAUCUUCCAACGUCAAAGUUCCUGUGAAAUCUAAAGUACAACCCAAACAAUUUAUUUCUCCGAAUAAAAAGUCUAGUCUUGUAUUUAGGAUGCAAGAUAUUAUGUCACAAGUGUUGGAAACAGAUGCCCAACCCACUGUUAUUGCUGUUUCUGCUAAAGAGCAGUCAAAAGAUGAUUACUAUUCGAGAACUGAAAGUGGCAUAUCAACUGUGUUAAUUGCUUCAGGAAAGGAAGAGUUAAGUAAACAGAUAAAACAUAUGAAGAAUCCGGAAGAAAAAAAGUGGAGUAAAUUGGCAGAAGAAACAAUUCAAACACUACCUCCUUCCGUUAAAAAUAAGCCGAUAGUAUUUAUUUUCCCUCCAAGCUAUGAUGAUCUAAAUAAGUUUCAUAAAGAUGCUACAAAUGAAAAAACUCAACCGAUAGUUUUCAUUCCUCAAACAUCACAGUUUUCGAAACGAGAAAUUAUAGAAGGUGAGGUUUCUGAAGGUUUCUGUACUGAUGACAACCAGGCAAUAAGACCAACAAUAGUAAUUUUGCCUUCUAAAUCCAACCACACUGUAGUAGAAGUAGAUUGUUGGGAACCUUUCGAAGUAUCGGCGAGAACCCCUUCUUACUCUUCUACUCAGAAAGUUGUUUUGGAAGAUUCUGCGCAACCUCAUACACAGAAACAGCAGCAACAUUCAACACUGGAUCAGCCAAUGUUGCUCAUGGCCGGAUCUCAUCGAAGUGAAGUUACUCAACAGAAAGAUAUUCGAAGUCACGCUGACAAUGCUUCUUUCCAGAAAACUAAUAGAAAAUCAUUAAACGUUAGCAAAACCAAGAAAUACGCUUUAUCGGAUCAUGGGAAAGAUAUCUGUUAUCAUGGCCAUGAAAAAUGCGAUAAAAUUCACUUAAACGCGCGCGUAAUCGUAGAAGCCCCGAAAAAAGAUAAAUCGAGGAAAUUGCAGAGUUCAGAUAAAAUGGAGGGAAAUCUGCAAAGUCAAUUUCCCAUUAUCAAAACAAAUAAGAAAGGCAUGAAAAUAUGUUACUACGGUCACGAAGAGUGCGAGGAUAUUCACAUUCCUUCACAUAUAAUCGUGACUGCUCCCGAAUAUGGAAGAGAGAAAGGAUUAACGGAAAAUUCGAAUUCUGAAACGGAAUCAAAACGACGUCACGAAGUGAAUUUUGAUGAAGAUUUAAGUGAUAAAUCUACGAGUUCGACAAAUUUUGUCAAAGAGAGUGCCACGACGACAGCCACAGCCGUUACCAAGAAUAGUAAAUUUGAUACAGAAAAGAAAGGAUGGCUGAAUCGAAACUGGUUUUCGUCUAAGUAGAAAUAGUUACUUCAUGAUUUCAUUCUUAUUUUAUUGAAAAUUAAAAGUGCUUAUUUUGAUUAACUCGCAUAACUUUUCCUAAACACAUUCUC